AUGGACGCUUCUCCCCUCCGUCCUCGCGACCGCCCUCGUGCGCUCUCUCUUCUUCUUGCUCCUCCGCUGCUCCUCCUCCUCCUCGCGCUCGCGUGCCUUAGCCCUCCGCCCCCACUCGCCUCACUCCUUUCCUCCCUGUCCCCCGCCCUCCGCCCUCUCUCCGCGUGCUUCUCCUCUCCCCUUCCUCCGCCCCCGCCGCUGCUUCCCAUCCCCACGGCGCGCCAGCUGACACGUCAGCGUGCUGAGCUGGCAGCGUUCUUCCACGUGGGCAUGAACACGUUUACGGACCGCGAGUGGGGCACGGGCCGCGAGGACCCGCGGCUGUUCGACCCGGCGGCGCUCAACGCGACGCAGUGGGUCGACACCGUCAAGGCUGCCGGCUUCCAGCUGGUGGUGCUCACGGCCAAGCACCACGACGGCUUCUGCCUGUGGCCCUCGCGCCUCACCAACCACUCCGUGCACCGCUCGCCCUGGCAGGCCGGCCGGGGGGACCUCGUUGCUGACGUGGCGGCGGCGGCGCGGGCGGCGGGCGUGGGGUUGGGGUUAUACCUGUCGUCGUGGGACCGCAACGCGCGGGCAUAUGAGGAGGGCGCUACGGCGUACAACGCCUUGUAUGAGGGGCAGCUGCGCGAGCUGCUCACCCAGUCAGUGAGCGGGGAUGGGGAUGGGGAAUGUAGGGCAGUGGUGAGGGCAGUGGUGAGGGCAGUGGUGAGGGCAGUGGUGAGGGCAGUGGUGAGGGCAGUGGUGAGGGUAGUGGUGAGGGCAGUGCGCCGCUCUACUCACUCCCGUGGUGAGUGUGCGAUGCAGCACGCUCAUUGGAGGAGCAGCCUGACCCCAAGCCACACCCAAGCCAUGUGCGCCGCCCUCCCCUGCCCGCCCGCCUGCGCCCUGCCUUGCGGGUACGGGCCCGUGGCGGAGGUGUGGCUGGACGGCGCCAAGGGGGACCGCCGCCCCAUGACCUACCACACUGCCACGUGGCAGGCUCUCAUUCGCCAGCUGCAGGCGGCAGCAGCGGUGUUUUCAGCGCAGGGCCCCGACAUGCGGUGGGCGGGCAACGAGCGCGAUGAGGCGGGCGAGCCGUGCUGGGCCAUGGUGAACGGCAGCCAGCUCACCCUGGAGGGGUGGGACACAGACUACCUGAACCACGGUGACGUGGCGGGCACGGAUUGGAUGCCAGCGGAGUGUGACGUGUCCAUCCGCCCGGGGUGGUUCUGGCAUCCCUCAGAGCGCCCCAAGCCCCUCCCCCACCUGCUCCACCUCUACUUGGCCUCGGUGGGGCGUGGCUGCUCGCUGCUGCUCAACGUGCUGCCCAACACCACGGGGCUGUUGCAUGGGGAGGACGUGCAGCGGGUGGGGCAGUUUGGCCGCGCGCUUCAAGUGCUGUUCCAGGAGGAGGUCAGCGCCGGGAGUAGGUGUGAGUACGGGCCUGAGAACGUACUGAGGGAGGGGGAUGGAUCCUUCUGGGCGGCCCAGGAUGGGGUGCUGUCUGCCACUGUCCAGUUCGACAUCGGGCAGGUGAAAACCUUUCAUGUGGUUCGGCUGGAGGAGCCUAUGGCGUACGGGCAGAGAAUAAAAUUGUUCACAGCGGAGGUGCUCGACCCGGACCCUGCUGCUGCAGGCGCUGCCACUCGAGCUGCCCCUGCGGCCGAAGUUGCUGGUUCCGGUGCUUGUGGGUGUGGGCCAGGCGGGUGCAAUACCGGGGAUGGUGUGCUGCCGUCCCUUCCUGGUGUGCCAGGCCUGGGAGAGCAUGCGCUCCACACACUGCAUGGCGCCCAGGGGGCAGCACGCAGCAUGCUGGAGAGGACGGGGAGUGCUGGGAGGGCGGGCGAGUGGAGGGUGAUAGCGAGUGGCAGCACGGUGGGGCGCAAGAGGCUGUUUCGGGUGGAAGCAGUGAGCCCGCGGCAUGUGAGGCUCGUCAUUCACGAUGCCAGGGCUGCCCCGCUGCUCUCCUUCUUUGCGCUCUACAGAAGCGGUGAUUUGAGCACCAUAUGA